AUGGCAGAGGACAUUGAGAAGACAUUGCAAAGCAAACAUGGUGACGACGUCCCUCUCUUCACUUCCCAACGAAUAAAUGGCAGAGGACGUUGCAAAGCAGACAUGGUGACGAAGUCCCUCUCUUCACUUCCCAAUCGGCACCAGGUUGCCCCGGGACCGGUGAGCAGAAGGCGGGGGAUAAAUGGUAAACAAACAAAACCCGAAGAAGUGAAUAAAUGGCAGGGCUCGUCUUGGCUUCACCCCGAAGGGCUACUGGACCCCAGCACCACGAUGAGGUGCGAGCCAUCGCUGGGGGAUAAAUGGCCAAACAUAUGGCAAGAUAAAUGGCAGAAGACAUUGCAAAACAAACAUGGUGACGAAGUCCCUCUCUUCACUUCCCAGUCGGCACCAGGUUUCCCCGGGACCGGUGAGCAGAAGGCGGGGGAUAGAUGA